CACCACCAUGAGCCGUCUGCUGCUGGGAGCCGUGCUGCUGGGGCACCUGGGAGUCUGCAGCGCCGCUCGCGCUCCAGAGACGCUCUCCAAACCCACCGAGGUGAGGUUCGACUCUGUGGACUACAAACACGUUCUGCACUGGACUCCGCCCGGCAACAGCAGCUCUCUGCAGUACUCCGUUCAGUGGAAGAUUUAUGGAGAGUUUGAUUGGUUGGACGUUGACGGCUGUCAGAGGAUCCAGAAGCCUCAGUGUGACCUCAGCGCCCUGACCUCUGACCUCAGAGAGUGGUAUUACGCCAGAGUGCACGCCUCCUCUCCGCCCGCCAGCAAAUCAGCCUGGACGCUCUCCCCGAGGUUCAGCCCGCGGUCGGACACCAAAAUCAGCUCUCCUUUAUUGAGGCUGAACCGCACGGUGCAAGGCAUUGUGGUCCGUGUGAAGCCCCCCAGGCUGCUCGUCAGGAAGAUGCACAACAGCCUGCAAUACAAGAUCUACCUCAUACACAGCAGUGGAGAAGAGGGGGCGGGGCUGACCUCUCAGGUGCAGGAUCAACAGGCGACAUCAGUUUACAUUCAGGGCGCUUAA